AUGGUGGUUUCUAUGGUGAAUUUGGACUCAAAAACACGUCUCCAAACAGAGGCUGCAUUACCGAACCCCACGACGAGCUUGUUUGACAACGCACAGAAGCGCAUCCAGCAUCUGAUGGAGAAGGACUCAUACCGCAGAUUCCUCCGCUCAGAGCUCUACAUUACUUUGUUAAAACAGGCCAAAACAGCAACCAAAGCCAUUGCAGCCGCAGCUCUUGCAGCCUCCCUUCAGGAUUCACCCGAAGUUCUCAGCAACCUGAAAGCGAAAAACACAGUAUCGUCAACUGUGAGAUUUUCUGAGGCUGCAGGUCCAAUGACAUCCGAUCACGAGGUCUCAACUACGUCGCCCCCCAACAGCAUCGCAGACAACUCUAUUUCAGUCAACAAAGCAUCAGGCACCUUCACUCCAAUGCCCAAUUCGUCAAUUCCGAUGCCCGGCAGUAACUCUGCCCAUUCUGGUGUAGAAGUCCCCCGAGAAGAUGCGCUACUUGCAGCGGUUGCUUCGGCGUCGCUGUCCUCGGGGGUAUCAUCUCGGCUGGGUCAACUGUUACAUUCGAGAUGGGCGUGGUCGCAGCGUCCCAGGUUGCCCAGUCUGACCAGUGGUCCGACCAGCCUGGCAGGAGUUGCCGCGGCAGCGGCUGAUGCUGAAGCAGGCAUGAACUGUGUGCAAGACUUGCAGCUUUUAGGACUAUCCACUUCGCGGCUGAUGCGAACUACACAUGCACAUGUACUAUCCGGUGGCGGUGGCUAUGGCAGCGGAAGUGGAGCUGGAAACUUUAACACUUCCGCUUUGCUGAAGAAGACUAGCGCGGUUUCCUUGGCUUACUCAGCUUCAGGAGAGACGAUUGGCGAAAAUAGGUUCACGACAAGUAGGUAG